GUUUGGAAAAAUAGGGGAUCGACUGUCCUUCUCAGUGUUUAAUCCAAUCGGUCAACAAAUCUACUGUUAUGUUUAAAAAAAAGUUUUCAUUCAAUUAACUGCAACUCAUUGUGGCGAUUAUCUAACUAACACAACAACAGAAGGCUACCAGCUUCGAAACGAAGAUGAAUAAUUGCAAAAUCAUUGCCAAUCAACAUCAUGCAAAACAGAAGAACAGAAAACAAACGAAAAAGGUUUAAAUUAAAACUGAAAGAUGUGAAAAAUAGGCAACAAAUAGUUCGUUGGCCGUUUGGAUGAUCGGAAUCGGCCAGUGGUAACAGGUAACAGACCAGACCACCAGCAAUGUUAUGAUGGAAGCAAAAGAAACAUGACAAAUGACAACACAUUAAACUAUUACAAAGUGAAAUUGCUACAAUUAACCCCGAUUUUCGGAUCGUCUGCCGGUUUGGACGAAGUUCUCGGUGUCUGCGAAUUUAACUAGCUUAGUGAAUGUUACCUGUACCCGUCAACUAUUAAGCGCAAGCAGCUCAGCGAAACAAUACAAUGUCAUAAGUGUUUUACAAAUCAGCAGCGAGUGUCGUUGCUUAGUAAAUGCCUACAACCAAUUCCAAUAGUGAAUAGCGACGACAGUCAUAAAUCAGUCGAAGUAUGUUGGUCAGGCGGAAUUGUUUGGGUCAGAUCGCGGCUUGCUGGAAUGUUAAAAGCUUGUAGCUGGAAACGUUUGCCGGGUUUCAAUUAAUUAGAAACGCAUUUGCUGAACCACAUUAGACAGAAAUAUCGACAGGUUUCUUUUAAACCUUUUGCUAAACAAGUAAAGCUUCUAAAUAUUUUACCUGUUUACAAUUCAAUUAGCAAAUCUGAUGACAGGACAAUAAAUUCUUUGAAACAGGUGCUUAAAGUAUAAACUGUGAUAAUAAAGCAAACGCAUCCACAUGCUCUGAAUACAACGGAAAAGUGCUUUAUACGGUGGUAAAGUUUUUAUCCGCUAACGAAAUGAUAAUAGAGUUAUGUGAAUUUAGCCAGAGGCUUCAGGAGUACCGGAAACUUCUGAAACGUUUGCAAGAUGAGCAAGCAUCAUACCAAACAAAACGAGAGCGACUGAGUAAACUCAGCCAACGGCGCUGCUCAGCGGUUCGAAAAUCAGAUGUUGUUUGCUACAUGUGUAACACAAGCAUCAAACUCGAGGAUAGCAACAGUUUCGCAACGUGUCGUGGCUGCGAGAAACUAGUGUGCCGAAAUGAAGAAAGACGAUGCUGCGAAUGGAUAUCUGCGAUUGGCAUCUGGGAAUGCCAAAACUGCAGAUCCAGUCGAGUCAUCCAGCAGAAGGCUGGAGAAUGGCUGCUAAAUCAGCUUACUGUACGCUUACAGAAUCCGGGACCAGUGAAUCUGAAAAAUGAUGCUCUGCUAGGAUUAUAUGGUGCUGAUUCUGACGAUGCUCAAAGCUCCACAUCUUCGAUUUCGUCCAAUCAGAAAAUCAAAGUUCGGGAGUUCAUCGAAGAAUUACUGUCAACGAUGUUAAACGGCCCGCUUGACGAUGUAUCCGUUGGACAAUUAAUGAAGAAUGAAAAUUACCUAGAGGUGUUCCACAGGUAUCAUUCACAUUUGAGCAGGUGUCUGUACAAUCUCGAGCUAUCGAUUCAUCAGUCAUUGUCGGAUCUGCCAAUAUGCGAAGGUCAGAAGUUCCCAGACAGUCCCAGCGAUAAGCACUUCGAACUCCGCAAGCUUCUCCAACGCAUCUUGGAUGAGGUGGUCAAGCUACCGGAGCUGCUAAAUCAAAGCGGCCAUCCAUUGCGACCGGAAGAGCAUCUGCCCUACUUCAGUCCGAAAAAAUACGAGCAGCUGUUGGCUACGGCUGUGCUCAAUAAGGUGGUGGAGGACUAUCGCAAUCCGAAAAACUUUGAGCACGUGGAAACUACGGCAGAGUUACAACAGCAAACGAAGCAACAACUGGAAGUGAAAGAAGCUGUCCCUCCGACUACCAUCACGGAACCGGUGGGUUCAGCACCGGACGCCGAAUCCACCUUCGACAUUAACCACAAUAAGGUAUCCGGUGAUAGUCAAUUAAUCGAAGACAAUCUCAGGCAGAUGUCGGUAAAUGAUGAUGAAGUCGAGCUAAAAGAAGCACUUUCCAGGCGAUCGCUCUCAGAAUCGGACGAAUCCUAUCUGAGUGACUACAUACAGAAGCACACAGUUCCACUUCCAGAUUUAUCAGACACAACCGGAUCAAGCCCGGAGGACGACUCAGUGUCACUCAAGUCAAACACCACUGACGGAACGUGGGAAGAAAAUUGGCUGUUUAAAAAGCGUCAACUAAAGUCCACGGAGUCCUCCAUAGCAAUGCUCGUGCCAUCACCGACCGAAGAGGUUAAAGCUCUGAUCGGAGACCAAAAUGCCGACGAAGUCAGCGAUUUGUCCGAAACCGGAUCCGACUUCGAGGGGUACGAAUCCGAUAGUGUCAGUAAAGACGCUCCACUGUCCAGUAACACUUCAGUACCUCACACUGAAAAGCCUGUUGAAGAAAUCGUACAAGAUAGCCUAAUAUCGAUCAAUUCAACUGCUUCCAAUGAGCCGGUUCUCUCGGAAGCAAAAAACAGCCUACUGUUGACUGAAAUGUCAAACCAUGCGUCGAACCAAAGUUACCGGACGGAUAAUCUUAUAUUUACCGCGCCUACUACGGUAAAAGCAGAAGCGGCUAAUUCCACUUUGCUUGAAAUAAAGCAGAAUCAAUUUGAAUGCAAUACCGCCGAACCGGUAUUGGCGUGUCACCAAAGUCACGAAACUGGUCAAGUCGAAACAGAUGAUGUCAAACUAAUGCAGGAACGCAUUCAAAAUGCUCCGAAGCAACUUGACGCUGAGGGAAAUAUACUGUAUCCAAUCGGAAUUGCUCGAACAAUCCCCGGAAACGACAACCAAACCCCUGAGUGUGACAGAAAAGAAAUCCCAAUAGACCGAGCAUACACAGACAUCGAACACACACGCCCAAGUAUUUUAUUCCAAUCCGUAGAAGUAGAUCACAUGAAUAACGUAAAUAAUCCUAGUAGUAGCAACAUUGACGAGUCUAACAAUAGCACAAAUUCUAACCAAACUAACACGAAGAACAUAAGCACAAAACCUAUCAACAAUGCUAGCGAGCUAGUCGAACCGAAACAGCAACCCCUCUCGCCUCAUCCAAUCGCGCUGACAAUCACGGAGCUAUUCGAUCGUUCCGUAAAACCAUCGCUCACCUCCAUUUCAGAGGAACUGCACGAGCCGGACGAAUCGCUAGCUUCCCGUUCGGCUAUUUCACCGGUGGACAGCUUCACCACUGCCGACGAAAGUGACUACAAAACCGUCUCGGUAGAUAACUCGGAAACGUCGACAAGCGUCGGGAUCGAUCCGGAUACCAGUUUGAUUCUCGAGGAUCCGCUGUCUCUCGAUUCGCUGGAUUCGUCUCUAUCGUACGAGAACUGUCGGAAUUUCGAGGAAGAGGAAUUUUAUUCUAUGAAUCAGGGAGACGAUGUGGAUGAAGAUGUUCUACCCGGGACUUCCGGGAUAGAACUGCUGCAGGCUAUAAUGAAUCCUCAGGAUAUGUUUAAAAUAAGUGAAUCACCCGCCGUCGUAGUUUAUGUAUGCGAUCCGAAGCUGAUGGAGUUUGUUGAAGAGAUGGAUGUUGAAGUUGAGGAUGACAUGCUGGGUGCAAAAAUUGAAGAAAUUUUUGAUCCAGUAACAGAUAACAAUGAUCAGGGUUCCUACGAACGGGUGGUUGGGAUUCCUGAAGAGUUAAGCGAACGAACGGAAUCGGAUGAGCCCAGUGAUAAGGAUGAUUUGACGCUUUCGGAUUCACGAAGUAGUUCUGAGGAAGUAUGCAAUAUAUUCACGACAGAAGAAAAUCAAGAUGACCAGGAAAUGUUAAAAGUCGCCGAAAGUCCCGAAAUGUCAACUGAAUCUAACAAUUGUGGAAAUCUUUUGAACCUUCAGGAAGAAGUUGCAAGUGAAAAGUUGGAAUUAGACACCAAUGAGGACAAAAACAAACAAUCUACUUCAAUGGUGCUGGAAAUUCCUACUGCUGAUGAGCGAAAUGAUGUUGCUACACAAAGUAACAAUUGUGAAGGAAAAGAAAAUCCGACAUCCGAAAGCACAAACUCCUCAACAGCUGAUGGCCCGCUAUCAGAUAUUCAACACCUCGCAUCGGAACCAAUCUUAAGGGUGUCUCAUAAAUUGUCUGGUGAAUCAUCUCCGGAUUCACUGGAAGAGUUAGUCUUCUCUGAAAAUACUGGUUUUUCAGUUGAACCUGAAAUUGGUAUCACGGUUGAGGAACUAUCCGAGACUAAAAUGGUGCAAGACGAUUCAUCCAAUCCAACUGCAAACAUUCCUGAAAUAGCGCCUUCAAUCGCUACUCACGACGACGUAAUCGACAAUCAGACUUUUAAUAAUGAAAAUCAAGAAAUUAUAGAAUGUAAUAAACAACACUUAGGAGACAAAAUCAGUUCGCAAACAGAAAACAUAAUUGUUGCAGAAACGAAUCCCAUAACUGAAGAGAAAUUGUUAACAUAUUCCCAAAAUAUACACGAACUAGAAGAUACCUUGAAAAUGGAACACGAUUUGUUGAGUGAUUCCAGUCAUGAUUCACAGGAAAUGAUAGAAUCUGGUAGUUCUCCGAGUAAGCGUUCUAUAAUUGCAGCUCAGAACUCUGACAGCACUGAAAAGCAACACUCAAUUGACUCUUUACAAGACGAUUUAUCCGACUCGACUGCAAACAUUUUUGAUAACGAUCACUUACCUGCCACUGGCGAUGAACUCACAAAUCCCACAUCAGAUAAUAAUUUUAAUAUCAAUCCCGUUGAGAAAUUGCUCAUAGAUUGUCCAAAUAUCAGAGAACCGGAACCAGUUUCGACCGUGGAGCACGAUUCGUUAAGUGAUUCAAGUCAUGAAUCAAACGAAGCGGUACAUUCACCGGAUUCUUUGGAUACACAUCUGGAUCACGAUAAUUUUACUGCAAUUGAUAAUUCUGAAUCCAAACCGGGUGAGGUGGAAAAUUUGCAUCUCGAUAAGAAUGAUAUCGAUACGGAAAAUACCGAUGGCGGGAAAGAAGAUAUAGAAAAGCAAAACAAUCAAACUCUAGAGAUCUUCGUUAGUCCAACAACUGAUCCAUCAAAUGAUGAAGCUAUCUUGGAAACAGCGCACGAUCUGUUGAUCGACUCAAAGAAUGACUCGAAUGAAGCUAUAGAGUUAGCAGGAUUUGAGAGUAAUGAUGUUUCGACGGAAGCAAUUUCGGCUACUCCUGAACAGCAAGAAGAUCUAUCAGGUCCUCAUGAGAGCAGUUCUGAAAUACAAAACCAAAUAAUUACGCUCGAUGAUUCCGAAUCUUUGACACUCAAUAACAAUGAUGUAGAUACAAAAGCUAUUGAAUGUGAUGAAAAGGUUGUAGAAAUCGAAUCAAACAAAACAUUGGAACAUGUUGUAGGCUCAGCAAUCGUCGAAGAAUCACCAGAAGAUCCUAAGGAUAUCGAUUCAGUAAGUGAUGCCUCACAGAAAGAGAUAAACUCAGUUGGUUCUGAACUGGUUAUAGCUGAAAAGCAGCAACCUGUCGAGUCUUUGCUAGACAAUUUAUCCGAUGCAACUGUAUCAGUUUCUGAUAUAGAUAACUUGAGAGAUGUAGACGAUGAAAGCGAAAAUCUGACUCUUAAGCAGGAAGAUAACACCACACAAAAUGUUGACUGUGGCAAUCAGAGUGCAUCAGAGCUUAUAGAACCUAUCCUGCAAGCAAGCCAAGAUCUCUUGAUCGACUCCAAUCAGGAUUCACAGGGAGCUAGAGAACUGACUGAUUCAAGUCAACAGGAUAUCAGAAUUUCCGAUAAUACAAUCAGCUCAACAAGCAUCGAAGAAUCGCCAACAGAUUUCAAGAAUAUCGAUUCAUUAAGUGAUGGUUCACAGAAAGAGAUUAAAUCAGCUAGUUCUGAACUGGAUAUAGCCGAAAAGGACCAACCUAUGGAGUCUUUGCAAGACAAUUCAUCGACAGCAACUGAAAUCCUUUCUGAUAAAGAUAUUUUAAGAUCUAUAAGCGAUGAGAUCGAAAAUCUGACUUUUAACCAGGAAGAUAGCGUCACACAAAAUGUUGACUGUGACAGUCUGAAUGUUGCUACCGGAAACAAUUCGACUUUGGAAAGUAUGGUUACAUCAACAAUGAAACCUUCAAACGAUGAGUCACAGCUUAUAGAACCUAGCUUGCAAACAAAUCGAGAUCUAUUCAUCGACUCCUGUCAGGAACCAGAAAACCAGGCAUCAGAAGAUACGAUCAAUUCAAUAACUAUUGAGAAAUCGCUCUGUGAUAACCAGAAAGAUAUAACAUUAAUUGAUUCUGAACUGGAUGCAAACGUUACUGAUACCUCAAGACCCACACAAGAUGAAUUAGAAAAUCUGACUCUCAGUGAGGACACUGACAAUACACAAAAUAUCGAAUGUGAUAAAACGAAUGUAGAAAACAACACAACUACAGAAAACAUUGGUAGUUCUAUGGCGAACCUUUCAAACGCUGAGAAACAACUACUUGAUCCUAUCUUGACAACACCACACGAUCCGUUGAUCGACUCAAGUCAGGAUUCACGUGAGGCAAUAGAAUCGUCUGGUUCCGACCAUAAGGAUCUUUCAGUUGAAGCAGUUUUAGAUUGUAAUGUACACCAUCAACCAAUUGACUGUUUGCAGCUAGAUUUAUUAGAUCCGACUGAAAGUGUUUCUGAAAUACAUCAUCCAAAAAUCUCAAGCGACAAUAGUGAAAAUCUGAUUCUGAAUGAGAAUGUUGUCAAUAUUAAUAGCAUAGAAUGUGACAAGCAGGCUGUGGAAAAUGAGAACAACAAAGCAUCAGACAAGACGAUUGACUCAACAGCCAACUCAGUAACCACAGAUAUCAAGCAGUCGUUAGGUGAUGAUUCACAGCAAGCGGUAAAAUUAUUUUUUUCUGGAAUGGACUUCUCCGAAAAGCAUCUAUCUAUGGAGUCUUCACCGGAUGAUGCUGAUAUCGAUAGUUCAAUAACCACACAAGAUGAAGUUGAAAAUUUAGCUCACAGUAGGCGUGGAAGUGAUACACAUGUUGUCGAAUGUGGUAAAUCGAAUGUAGAAGUGGAAAGCAGCACAGAUACGGAGGACAUUGUUAGGCCGUUAGAGAACCCUUCAAGCGAUCUGUUGAUCGACUCAAGUCAGGAUACACACGAAGCUAAAGAAUUAUCUGAUUCCGAGAAUAAGGAUUUUUCGUUGGAAGCAACUUUGGAUGCAAUUCAACAACAUCGAUCCAGUGACUGUUUGCAAGAGGAUUUACCACAGCCUGCUGAGUUAGAAAAACCAAUUAUCAAUGAUAAUAAUGUCGAUAUUAACAGCGUAGAAGGUGACACAAAUCCCGUAGAAAAUGAAAACAACAAAGUUUUAGAAAGGGAGAUUAGCUCAACAGACAAUUUAAUGUCCAGCGAGAAACCACUGACAGAUAUCAAAGAGUUAGUAGGUGAUAAUUCACAAAAAGCUAUAAAAUUAAUUGAUUUUAAACUGGAUAGCACUGAAAAGUACCUAUCAAUGGAAUCUUUUCCGGAAUAUUUCUCGAUUCCAACUGCAGACGUUGCGGAUAUCAAUAGUUCAACAACCACACAGGAUGAAGUCGAAAAUUUGACUCACAGUACACAAAAUGUCGAAAGUUGUGAAAUGAAUAUAGAAGUAGGAAGCAACACAAAUACAGAGGACAUUGUUGGCAAGUUAGCGAACCCAUCAACCGUUGAGAUACAGCCACUCGAUCUGUUGAUCGACUCAAGUCAGGAUGCACACGAAGCUAAAGAAUUGUCUGAUUCCGAGGAUAAGUAUUUUUCGUUUGAAGUAACUUUGGAUACAAUUCAAAAACAGCUUUUGCAAGAGGAUUUAUCACAGCCUACUGAAAGUCUUUCUGAAAUGCACCAUCGAAUAGUAUCAAGCGUUGAGUUGGAAAAUCAGUCUGUAGAAAAUGAAAACAACAAAGUAUCAGAAAUGGCAAUUAGCUCAACGGACAACCCAAUAACCAGCGAGAAACCGCUGACAGAUAGCAAAGAGUUAUUAGCUGAUGAUUCGCAGAAAGCAAUAAAAUCAAUUGAUUUUAGACUGGAUUGCACUGAAAAGCACCUAUCAAUGGAAUCUUUUCCGGACGAUUUAUCGAUUCCAACUGCCGACGUUGCUGAUAUCGAUAGUUCAAUAGCCACACAGGAUGAAGUCGAAAAUUUGACUCACAGUAGGCGUGGCAGUGAUACACAAAACGUCGAAUGUGAUGAAGUGAAGGUAGAAAUGGAAAACAACACAGAUACAGAGGAUAUUGUUGGCUCGCUAGCGAACCCAUCAAGCGUUGAGAUACAGUCACUCGAUCCUAUCUUGGAAACGCCACUCGAUCCGUUGAUUGACUCUAGUCACGAUGCACAUGAAGCUAAAGAAUUAUCUCAUUCCGAGCAUAAGGAUUUGUCGGUUGAAGCAUCUUUGAACACAAUUCAACAACAUCGAUCAAUUGACUGUUUGCAAGAGGAUUUAUCACAGCCUGCUGAGAUAGAAAAACCAAUUCUCAAUGAGAAUAAUGUCGAUAUCAGCAGCUUAGAAUGUAAGAAGCAGUCUGUAGAAAAUGAAAACAAGAAAGUUUCAGAAAAGACAAUUAGCUCAACAGACACUUCAAUAACAAGCGAAAAACCGCUGACAGAUAUCAAAGAUAUGUCAGGUGAUGAUUCACAGGAAGUAAUAAAAUCAAUUGAUUUCAAACUGGAUAGCACUGAAAAGCACCUAUCAAUGGAAUCUUUCCCGGACGAUUUAUCGAUUCCAACUGCGGACGUUGCUGAUAUCGAUAGUUCAAGAAUCACGCAGGAUGAGGGCGAAAUGUUUACUCUCAGUAGGCGUGAAAGUGAUACACAAAAUGUCGAUUGUGGCGAAAUUAAUGUAGAAAUGGAAAACAACGCAGAUACAGUGGACAUUGUUGGCUCGAUAGCGAACCCAUCAAGCGUUGAGAUACCGUUGCUCGAUCCUAUCUUGGAAACAUCACUUCCGUUGAUUGACUCAGGGAAGGAUGCACACGAAGCUAAAGAAUUAUCUGGUUCCGAGAAUAAGGACUGUUUGCAAGAGGAUUUACUACAGCCUACGGAGCUAGAAAAUCUGAUUCUCAAUGAGAAUAAUGUCGAUAUUAACAGCGGAGAAUGUGAUAAACAACCUCUGGAAAUUGACAACAACGAAGUUACAGAAAAGGCGAUUAGCUCAACCGAUAAUUCAAUAACCAGCGAGAAACCGCUGACAGAUAUCAAAGAAAUAUUAGGUGAUGAUUCACAGGAAGCGAUCAAAUCAAUUGAUUUCAAACUGGAUAGCACUGAAAAGCACCUGUCAAUGGAAUCUUUUCCGGACGACUUAUCUAUUCCAACUACAGACGUUGUCGAUAUCGAUGGUGCAGGAAUCACACAUGAUGAGGGCGAAAAUUUAACUCUCAACAAAGAUGAAAGCGAUACGCAAAAUAUCGAAUAUGGGGAAAUGAAGGUAGAAAUAGAAAACAACACAACUACAGAAAAAGAUUCUAUCUUGAAAUCAUCACUCGAUCCAUCUAUCGACUCAAGUCAGGAUACACACGAAGUUGUGGAGCUACCCGGUUCCGAGAAUAAGGAUUCGGUUGAAGCAGCUUUGGAUACUUUCGAAAAGCAUGCAACUAAAGACUCUUUGCCAGAAGAUUCAUCAAAACCAACUGAAAAUAUUUCUGAAAUACGUAAUCCAGAAAACACGAUUAGCUUUGAAACCAGUUCAUUAGCAGUCGAAGAACCGCUGGAAGUUUUAAAAGUUAUCGAUUUAUUGGGUGCUAAAGUGAUAGAAGCGACGGAUUCUCAUCUGGACAAUACUGAAAAACAACAAUCAGUGGAGUCUUUACUAGUAGAUUUACCGAAUCCUACUGCAAGCGUUUCUGAUAUAGACAAUUCAAGCACCACACAAGAUGAAUUGGAAAGUUUGACUCUCAGAAAAGAUGAGGCAGUGAAUAUCGAAGGUGAUAAAAUUAAUGUGGAAAAGGAAAACAAAAUAACUACAGAAAACAUUGUUAGCUCAAUCGCGAACGACGAGAUACAGCUAAUUGAUCCUAUCUUGGAAACAAACGAUCCACUGAUCGAGUCUAGUCAGGAUUCACAUGAAGCAAUAGAUAUAUCUAGUUCAAAGAAUCAGGAUAUUUUGGCAGAAACUGCUUUGGAUACUAUCGAAAAGCAUGGAUCAACAGACUCUUUGCAAAAGGAUUCAUCAGAAACGAAUGAAAACACUUCUGAAAUGCUUCAUCCAGUAAUACCAAGUUGUGAUGAACAGACGGUAGAAAAUGAAAAUAACAAGGCAGCAGAAAACACGACUUGCUUAGAAAUGAAGGCAUUAACAGUCGGGGAACCGCUAGAAGUUUCAAAAGUUAUCGGUUUAUUGGGUGAUAAAGUGAUAGAAGUGACGGAUUCUGCACUGGAUAAUACUGAACAACAAUCAAUGGAGUCUACACUAGAUGAUUUAGUGAAUUCUCCUGUAAGCGUUGCCGAUAUAGAUAUCUUAAAGACCACACAAGAUGAAUUGGAAAAGACUCUCGGUAAGGAUAACACAGAAAGUAUCGAGCGUGAUAAAGUGGAUGUGGACAAGGAAAACAACAUAACCACGGAAAACGCUGUUGGCUCAAUCACGAACUCAUCAAACGUUGAGAUACAGCUAAAUGAUCCUUUACCGAAAAUAUCACACGAUCUGUUGAUCGACUCUAGUAAGGAUUCAAACGAAGCAAUAGAUCUACCUAAUUCAGAAAAUAAGGACAUUUCAACUGUAGUACCUAUGGAUACUGUUGAAAAAUGUGGAUUCAAUGGAUUUCAAGAGGAUUUACCAGAUCCGAGUGGAAACAUUUCCGAAAUACUUCAUCCAACCAGCGAUGAUCUUCAGAAUUUGACUCUCAAUACGAAUAUUAACGACAUAAACAGCUUUGAAUGUGACAAACAGACGGUACAAAAUGAAGACAAUAAUGUAUCAGAAAACACGAAUAGUUUCAAAUCUGAUUCAAUAGCAGUCGAGAAACCGCUAGCAGUUUUAAAAGUCAUUGAUUUAUUGGGUGAUUCUCCAUCUGGAGCGAUAGGAGCAACGGAUUCUCAGCUGGAUAAUACUGAAAAGCACUAUCCAGUGGAGUCUUUGAAAGAUUUAGAGAAUCCUACUGCUGAUAUAGAUGACUCGAGAAGCACACCAGACGAAUUGGAAAGAAAGAAUGAUACAGAAAAUAUCGAAUGUGAUAAAAUGAAUGUAGAAAACGAAACCAACAUGACUACAGAGAACAUUGGUUCAAUCGCGAACUCAUCAGCUAAUUCGGAAUUGAAUACGUCUGAAAAACACCAUUCAAUGGAUACCAAAGACUCAGAAGCCACACUCGAAGAAUUCGAAAAUCUAAUUCUUAAUAAGAAUGAUAGGGACACAAAAAAUUCCGAAUGCGACAAACAGAACGUAGAAACUGAAAUCAAUUCGACCAUAGAAACUAUAAUUGACUCAACAAGCAAAACAUCAAGCGCUGAGGUACAACUAGCAGAUCCCAUCUUGGAAACAUGUCAGAAUUUACAAGAUGCCUCUUUGCAAGAUGAUUUGCCAGAUGCGACUGAAAAUACUACCAUAAUUCAUCAAAAUCUAACCCCCGAUCAAAAUGACAUCGUAUGUGACUCGCAGAUUGCAGAAAAUGAAAACGAUUUGGCAUCAGAAAAUACGACUAGCUCAACAGCCAAACCUAUAACCGUUAAAAAACGUCUAACGGAUGACUCAAAACAACCGAUAAAUUCAACUAGUUUUGAGUUAGAUGUAACUGAAAAUAACCAAUCAUUGGAAUCUUUACCAGAUGAAUCAUCAACCGUUUUUGAUAUCGAUGAUUCAAAUAACUCUUUCUCCUAUGAGACGCAGCAAGCAGAUCCUAUCUUAAAAAUAGAAGCUAAUCUCUUGGGUGAUUCAGGUCAUGAAGAUGCGAUACUUUUAUCUGUUGGUUCUGAAAAUGUUGGUGUUUCGACCGAAACAACUUCGAACGUCACUAAACAGAAACAAUCAUUUGACUCUUUACAUGACAAUUCAUCAGAUCCGACUGUAGAUAAUUCUAAAAUUGAUCGUCCAAUUACUGCGAGCGACGAGUCCAGAGGACAAGUAGCCGAAUGUGACCGACAGGAUUUAGAGAAGGAAACCAUUCCAUCACCAGAUGCUAUGAUUAUCACGGCAACAACUCCGUCAACCACUGAGCAACAGCUGACGGCAGAUAGUGGAUCUGAAAAUAGGGAGCAACUAUCAACUGAGUCUUUACAAAAAGAUUUGUCAGACACAACUGUUGAAGUGGAAGAAAUUGAAACACAAAUUACGUCGGAUGAACAGGAGACACCUUCUAAUCAAUUAGACAAUGUUAACUCCGAUCAAAGCACCUCUCACGAAGUACAAGAGAAGAUCGAAGAUAUACCUAUCUUAUGUACUGAAAUCAAAGAGGAAGUAGUAAAUGAACAAAUCACUAAUUCAAAUGGAAUAACAUCAACGACUGAAGAUGAUCUUUCCGCAGAAUCAAAUGUAGAUCAAAUUGUUCAAUUGCCCCUCCCAGUGACCAGUGUGAGUCCGACAAAUAGCCAAGAUAUUUCAGUUACCCAUUCAGAAUCACAAAACUCACAAGAAGUGACAGCAACCACGAUCAUCGCUGAAACUCCAAUUGCCGAUACUUCAAGGACUCCUACUCCUACACCAACCCUGCCAGACACCUACACUGGCUUCGAUCUCACUGAACCAUCCAGCCCGGAAGAUACCUCAACCGAAGCGAUCGCUGGAUCCACCGACCGAACAUCUACCCCAGAGGAAGUUGACCCUCUGUUGCUAGGGGAAGAAAAAGUAGAAACAUCCCUUGCUGCGGUAACAAAGCAGAUGCGGCUGUACUGUGAAGAACUCAAAGGCAUCCUCUACGCUCAUCAACCGCUGGAGCAACACGGAGAAGCGCUGGAGAAAGUCGAAAAUGAUCCGAGUGAGGUUACGUCUACGCGUACAGCAGAAGUGGGCGUAGAUGCUCUAGAACAAGGUGUACUAAUAAGUCCGCUCGAAGCGUUUGAAAUUAAAUCGGCAGAAUACAAUCAGAGCUUACGUCACAUAGACUACGUAGAGGAAGAUGUACUGCCAGCCGAAGAUACUGACCACUUAUUCGUGGAAAACAUGAACCUGGUCACAGCUUGCAAUGCUGUUAAUGUGAUACCACGUGUGGAAGAACAUGCAGUUAGAUCACCAAUUCUAGUGAGAUAUACACCGUCUCCCGAACCGAUCCCGUCUCAAGUAUUCGAGCGUCAGAUAGAAGAUGUACAAGCAAUCCUUUCCUAUCAACCGGCGGAUCAAGAGAAAUCGCAAGAUGCCGAACUUUUACUGCAAGAUAGCGAGGAUCUUGAUAUUAAUUUCGUCGAGGAAGAUCUUCUGCCAGUCGAAGUGUAUCCUGAAGAGCAUCCUCUCAAAUCGACAAUUCUUGCAGAGCCUAUCCCAUCUCAAGAGUACGAACGUCAAAUAACUGCCACCGUUGAAGAUGAACAAUCAAUCCCAUCCGAUCAACCGAUAGUUUAUGACCAGCCACAAGAUUCCGAACUUAUCCUGCAAGACAGCGCAGAUACAGCUGAGGAACUCGAUCGCCUCUCAGCUUCUCCAGACAUGACUGAACAAACAAUAGAUGACAUAACUCCACCGUUCAAUCGAAGUGAUUCGGAGCUGUCAUCGCUAUGCUUUUCUUUGCCUACGGUUUGUGUGUUAAAUAACAACAAUAGCACUAACCCCACCACCACAGCUGAUACUAACCUGCAUGAGCAACCACCAAGUUUCGUAUCGGAAACAUCUCUCCUAAUAGUAGAAUCAGACUCAUCCGAACCUCCAAUACCACUUUCAGCACAAUCAGAAACCAACGGACAUGCGUCCAAAGAAAACGACCCUGUGGAGGAAGAGAUCGCAGAAGAUAUGCUAAUACCUGGGUCGAUUGCCGAACGAGAACAUCUGAAAUGGCAGAACGCUUCACCAAUCGCCAACAAUCCAUACUCGCCUGACGUUCUGCAAAAAAGACUAUCGGAGUCCAGUAACCGAUCAACUUAUGACGACUUCGAUCGACUGACGAGCAAGGAUAUUUCCGAGUGUUACAUUGAAUCAAAAGAAGACGAUGACAUUGCGGAAAACGAUCGAUCGUUGCAGUCAGUGAUUGGCGGAAAUCCAACACAAUACACCAGGUAUGGUCGUGAUUACUACAUAAACGAUGCGAAACGUGCAUCGGGGACACGCAAACAAGUCGCCGGUGUUCCAGCUACAUCCCCCAGUACGGAUGACGAGAAAUCUCUUCUUUUAUCCCAAAAACAGGAUCAACCGUUGAGCGAACGGCUUACUCCGCCAUCUAGUCCCGUCACCGGUGGAGAAUUCCAAUCCGAAGAAAGCCCAGUUGAAUAUUCCAGCACCUACAGAAAUCUGACACCUGCCCCACAAUCCGAAGACAUAUUUUGCAGCGGCAGGCCCGCUAAGAUUACUACAGACGAUUCCAUUCCAAAGAAAGCUACCUCAGUGGCGCGUGAAAUGUUUUUGGCUCCGACAGAUGAACCGAUCGUACCGCAAUCCGUUGAUUCGUCCUCCGAAAUGAGCAUUAAUUCGCGACCUGAUGAAAGUCUGACGUACAGCGAAGACUCUGAUGUGACUCGAAUCUAUGAAAUCGGAACAGGAGAAACGAAACUGAUUCACGGGGACGUGAUAACAUCAUCCAGUAACGCCCUUGACGAAGCGAACAAACAGUACGGCAGCGAAGUAGUUUCCGAAGAAAUUCUUGAGAUAAUGCCUCAAACAAAUAGUUUCGCUCCAACAGAAGACGACCGUUGCUCUAGUCCUACUAUUGAUCGGAGUAACCUAAUAAGGCCUCGAUACGUUCGAAUGAAGCAGCUGUCGCCCGAAACCAUAAGAUUUUUCUCACCGAAGAAAGCUUUCCUAUCUAACAGUAGUAGUCUCACAAACUCCGCAUUAUUGUCUCAGUCGUCCAGUGAAAUUCGUGAUCUGCCUCAUCAGCACACCCACCAGUACCACUCUUCACUGCAUCUCGAUUUCCCUGCUAGUCGUAGUGUACCAAUCCACGAGUUCAUCAUUGAGAAGGAAGUGAUGGAAGUAUUACCAUCGGUGAAGGAACUAGCCAAGUGUUACGUUAAUUCUGGAAGCGAAGCUGUUCCGAAACCGGUCCUGAAACCAAGGAUCAAGCUUCGGAAGGAUUUCAUCCGUCAGUCAACGGAUAUGAUAAACGAAGAGCCCCAGUCAGCCGAACGAACCGGCAUGCCGCUGAUACAGGAUAAAAAUCUACGGAUGUACAAAAGCACCAGCAGUAUCAGUGCAGCGGAUGAGAUUCGCGAAAUUCGUCGACUGAAUCUGGAAGCGUACAACCAGCAAACGUUCAUCCCGAUGGCUCCAGGGCACAGUAUUACGGCGCGUAGUCUUUCCAAGCAAAUCAGAGACGAUUUGAAGACUAACAUCACCGAUGACCUCAAGGUGCACGGUGGACACUCCAGUCCUGAAAGACCCAGUAGUCCCGUGUUUGAGCCCGGCCAUCUUCGUAGCAGUAUACAGUUUUUUGAAAAUCUUAAGAACAAAUAGUUAACAGUCCGCGAUUUGUAAAGUCGAGAUUUUCCAGCAGUGCCAUUAUAAUUUCUAUUCAAAAUGAUACCAAAAUUUAAAACGUAAGGGAUUUUGGCUGAAAGUUAUUUAUUGAUUAAAUUAAUAAUGAACUAAUUUAGAGUGAAGGAAGUUGCCUUAAACCAGAUCAUUCGAUAAAUAGUCAAUAGGCAACUACAAACUACAAGCAUUACAGUAAUUCACUUUUGAAAAAAAAGGAAAUUGAACAUAUAUUGGAUUGUAUUUAAUCGUUUGAAAAAAAACGAAAAAGGAAAUAUAUUUUGUGCUUAUGUUCUAAUUAUUCUAAAGGAAAGUAAACUUUUGCAAAGUAAAUCUAUUUACGAAAACUGA